AUGGUCGAGGACCUUCUCAACCAGGCCCCCUUCGACACCUUUGGCAGGUGGCUUGCCGCGCGUGGAGAUGAGUGGGAGGGACCCCUCGUUCCAAUCGCGGCCGAGCGGCAGCAGCGCUUUCGGCAGCGCGCGGCCGAUGGCUUACAGGUCGGGGCUUCCACGCAUCGGGCAGCCCUGCCCCCGCUCUUGCCGUUUGGCCUCUCGGUGGACGAGCACUUUGAGCAAUCGCUUCACCUGGGCACCCAGCCGCUUCAAACAGAGUUGCACCCUGUGCUCGACGCCGACCUUCUCUUCGCGGCCGAGAUCCAUGCGAAACACAGGGGUUCCCUAUGGCCCAUGCGUCAGCGCGGGGUGGGGGCACUCAAGGAGCUGAAGCGGAGAUGGGAAUCGGUGGGCGAGCAGCGGCGAGCCAGGCAGCCGCAGGCGCUGCGGCGAGCCACGCACCAGCGCGACCUCCGCCUCACAGCCUUGCUCAUCAUCCUCACCAGUUGGGGGGAUGUUACCUACGCGCAUGGGCUGGUCAAGGGUCUUCCGGCGGUGGGGUUCGCACCGCCCUACGGGGUGUUCCCAACCCAGGAUGCCGAACCGAUCUCCCUCGAGGACGUCCUGGGAGAUUGGCACACGCACAACACCGAGACGAUCCAGCGGUUGAGGCCAGGCCGCUUGGACGAAGUGCUGCUUGAGCAAUCCAUGGCAGAUGCAGCCCAGGCUGUCCCAGGCGGGGGUACAAAGGCUGUUGAGAGGCCGGCUCAGCACGUGCGGGCCACCAUUAGCCACAUGUCCGAGGCGGAACUCGCGAUUGCUAAGGCCGAGGUGUACGCCGGCCUUUUGUUCGGACUUCCACUGGCGGUGACCUCUUUCAACCGGUACUCGCACCUGGUCGAGGCCCUUGGGCGCCGCCUCGUGCUGACAUUGGUCUCCCUCUACUUGAUGACGCCACAGUGGGAGACUGGGCAGCCCAUGUCACAUCGUGGGGAUUUCCUGGGCCUCUCGCACGACAUGUCUCGGGCUCUUUCCGAUGGGGUCGUGCACUUUUGGCCUCGCGACAGGAUCGUGCAGAAGGUCACCGCCAUGCUGUCCGAGGCGGAGUCGAGUUCUUGCUUGCACCCAGGUCAGGCCGCCAAACUCUACGGGAUCCUCAACUUCUUCGAGCAAGGGGUAUAUGGCAAAGUCGGGGCAGGGAGCCUCUGGGCCAUUAAAGAGCGGCAGUACGAGGCGACCACGCAGAUUACGCCCGACCUUCUGGACAACUUCAGGUGCAUUCGAGCCAUCAUUCGAGCCAAGCCUCAAAGACAACUGCCCGUGUUGCCGCUACCAUGCAAGCGCUUUGUGUGUGCCUCAGACGCGGCUGAGGAGCCAGACACCGGCGGUACCGGUGGCUUCCUCGUCGUCUGGUUCAGCGGGUCGCGGCAGACCCGUGAGGGCUUUGUAGCCGAUAUCCACCCCUGGUGGUAUUCGGUGUGGAAGUCCGCCGAGGUACACAUCGCACAGCUGGAAAUCUCUAUGGUGGCAUACGCACUGCUAGGGCGCCCGGAGCAUUUCCGGAAUCGCCGCGGCAUCUGGUUCCUCGACAACGUCGCCUCGUUGAUGGCCCUAGUAAAAGGACGGUCCUCUUCCAGAGACCUCGAGAGCUUCGCUCAUAUGGUGCAUAUGCUGCUACUUGGGCUCAACACCCAGAUGUGGUUCGAGUACAUUCCGUCAAAGUCGAAUUGGGCUGAUGCCAUUUCCAGACUAGGGCGGGACGACCCCUGGCAUGUCAGCCAGUCUUUUUCAACUUCGGUUAUCCGCUUCCCACGUGUUGUUUCGGGGUUGCCACCGUCCGCUUUGCUCACACUCGCGAGCUUUCUCUAA